AUGCCGGACCCGCUCGAUAUGUUCGACGAAUACCUACAGGAUUGGGUGAAACAACUGCUCUGGGCGCUGAGGCAGUUUUGUAAUUGUAUCCAGGCCAUCUUCGGUCCGGAGUAUCUACGGAAGCCAAAUGCCGAUGAGUGCCAGAGAUUGAUAGAUAUGCACGGGCGAGUGCAUAAUUUUCCGGGGAUGAUGGGCAGCAUCGAUUGCAUGCACUGGGAGUGGAGGAACUGCCCGGUUGCUUGGAAGGGGCAGUCGAACAACGACAUCAACGUACUGGAUUCGUCCCAUCUCUUCAAUGAUGAGUGUCGGGGUGAGGGUCCGACGGUCAGAUGCAUGGCCAACGGGACGCAGUACAACAGGGCAUACUACUUAGCCGAUGGGAUAUACCCUCGUUGGCCCGUGUUUGUCAAGACGAUCCGGCAGCCGGUUGGGCCGAAACAAACCUAUUUUGCGGCCAAACAAGAGAGUGCUAGGAAGGACGUAGAGCGUGCUUUUGGUGUCCUCCAAUCGCGAUGGGCCAUUCUUCGGUGCCCGGUUUGA